AUGCCGCCAAAGUCUAUCGCGGGAUACUUCAAGCCGCUUGCCAACGCGCCAGCGGCGGCAGGCACCAAGCGCGGUCUGUCGGACAACGCACGCAAGGCCAUCGCCGAGGCAAAGGAGCCGGCGGCCAAGAAGUCCAAGGUUGAGAAUGGUGCAACUGUUCCCAACGGAGCAGUCGCCGCCUCGUCGGCGGGCCGGGCCUCCACCCGCGCCGAGCUGCGCGAGGCGCUCAAGACCAGCCACGCCAAGGCGUUCCCGCUGCUCGAGCUCGAACUCGACACGCUGGGCGAGGACUGGCUCGUCGCGCUGCAGGAUGAGCUCACCAAGCCCUACUUCCUUGCUCUAAAGGAGUUUGUUGUCGCCGAGCAGAAGAGCAAGCAGGUGUUCCCGCCUGCUGCGGACAUCUAUACCUGGUCGAGGCUCUGCCCCCUCAAGGACGUGCGCGUGGUCAUUGUUGGUCAAGACCCGUACCAUGACGACAACCAAGCUCAUGGCCUUGCCUUCUCUGUUCGUAAAGGCGUGAAGAUCCCGCCGUCUCUUCGGAACAUCUACAAGGAGAUGGCGACCGAGGUCCCGGGAUUCAAGGUGCCUUUGCACGGUGAUCUCACCGAAUGGGCCAAGCACGGGGUUUUGCUUCUGAACACGUCGCUGACAGUGCGGGCGCACGAGGCGGGGUCACACGCGAACCGCGGCUGGGACCAAUUCACCGCAGCCGUGCUCAAGGCCGUGACGACUCGUUCGUCGAGUUCGUCUGACAAGAAGGGGGCCAACGGGGUAGUGUUCAUGGCAUGGGGAGCUCAUGCUCAGAAGAUGGCAGUCGGGUUGGACAAGAAGCAACACCUCGUGCUCAAGUCUGCUCAUCCCAGUCCAUUGAGCGCAAGCCGGGGAUUCUUCGGAAACGGCCACUUCAACCAGAGCAACGACUGGCUGCGGGAGCGCUAUGGUCCUGACGGGGUGAUUGAUUGGAAGGGGCUUGGUGCAUGA